CCAUGGCGCUGCAGUUCGGCGCGGCGGGCGCGGCCGAGGAGCCCGCUCAGGUCUGCGGCAGCUUCGGCGCCGCUGACUCCUUCUUCAAGGACUUCGGCUACGGGGAGGAGGAGGAGGAGGAGGAAGAGGGCGAGCUGGAGGGGGGCGCGGGGCCCGGCGGGCCCGGCGGCGGCGCGGGCGGGCCCGGCGGCGGCGCGGGCGGGGCGGACUCCAAGCCCCGGAUCCUGCUCAUGGGGCUGCGGCGCAGCGGGAAGUCCUCCAUCCAGAAGGUGGUAUUCCAUAAAAUGUCUCCCAAUGAGACUCUGUUCUUGGAAAGUACCAACAAGAUCUACAAAGAUGAUAUUUCCAACAGUUCGUUUGUGAAUUUCCAAAUAUGGGAUUUUCCUGGACAGAUGGACUUUUUUGAUCCAACAUUUGAUUAUGAGAUGAUCUUCAGGGGAACAGGUGCUCUAAUAUAUGUUAUCGAUGCCCAGGAUGACUACAUGGAAGCUUUAACAAAACUCCACACCACAGUUUCGAAAGCCUACAAGGUCAAUCCAGAAAUGAACUUCGAAGUUUUUAUUCAUAAAGUUGAUGGUUUAUCAGAUGACCACAAAAUAGAAACUCAGAGGGAUAUUCAUCAAAGGGCCAACGACGACCUUACAGAUGCUGGGCUUGAAAAACUUCACCUUAGCUUUUAUUUGACCAGUAUCUAUGACCAUUCAAUAUUUGAAGCCUUCAGUAAAGUGGUACAGAAGUUAAUUCCGCAACUGCCAACACUGGAAAAUCUACUAAAUAUCUUUAUAUCAAAUUCAGGCAUUGAAAAAGCUUUUCUCUUCGAUGUAGUCAGCAAAAUCUACAUCGCAACGGACAGUUCCCCUGUGGACAUGCAGUCAUAUGAGUUGUGCUGUGACAUGAUUGAUGUAGUGAUAGAUGUUUCCUGUAUAUACGGGUUGAAGGAAGAUGGCACUGGAAGUGCUUAUGAUAAAGAAUCAAUGGCAAUUAUCAAGCUCAAUAACACAACCGUCCUGUACUUAAAGGAAGUAACAAAGUUUCUGGCAUUAGUCUGUAUUCUUAGGGAAGAGAGUUUUGAGCGCAAAGGUCUCAUAGACUACAAUUUUCACUGUUUCCGCAAAGCUAUUCAUGAGGUCUUUGAAGUAGGUGUUGCCUCCCACAGAUCCUGCAACCAUCAAGCAGGCACCUCAAAUAUGAAAGCAGUGACUCACAAUGGUACACCCAGGAAUGCAGUCUAGAGGAAGACUAAAGACAUGGGACAGACUUUUGUCAGCUCUUCAGUCCAGCCCAAGGUUAAGUUUUUGUGGAACAAGAGAAGACCAGUCUGAAAGCCUGGAGUUGGCUGCGCAGGAGAAGAGCGACGCUCACUUGGGAACAGCAGCUUGUAACUCAUGUUGGACAACUGAAACUACUGUAGAAACGCUCUGAGGCCAGUGGAGUUAGAAAUGUCAAAUUGAAACGAGCUUUAUUCCAAGUAUGGUGUUUUUGCAGUUUGGAGGCUUAUUUUAACAGUCCGUGACUGAAGGAAAGACUUCGUGGUCAAAGAUUACAGAUGAUCGAGUUGAGCUUAACAUGAAACACCGAAUUGUCACUUGCUCAGCUGCCUUUUUUUCUCUCUCUCUGUAGAAUAUCUUUUUAAUCUUUUUUUUUUUUUUUUGUUCACUAAUCUUUUUCAUGCAAGAAAAAUUGGUGAUGUUAAUAUGUAGGCUUACGAAAGUCACGCUUUUUGUUUUGUGAGGCUGGUCUCACAAAUCAUUCCAUAAAAUUCUUUUUCCUCUCUCCAAGUUGCUCAGAGUAUUCCCAUAAAUUCUGUAUUUAAGUGGAUGUAAAAUAGAGCUCUGUUCUGAUUCUGUGUUUGCUUGGAGAACUGAGCUGCAGCUUCAGUUUAAGAAGUCUUGAUACUUUGCUUUCAGAAAACCCUUAUUCAUAAAUCCCUUUCACUGGGAGGGAAGGAGUAAAAGCUGAAAUGGCCUACCUGCUUUAUUUUGCAAAAACAUGGAUGUCUUAAAUCUGUGUGAAUAAAUCUAGUCACAAACAAUUGCAUGGCUAAACCGAGGUGUCUGCCAUCUGUUGGAUUAAAUCACUUUCAGCUAUUUCUGGAUGAAGAAAUGGCCAAAUUACUUACAAUAGACGAGCUCUCUUUACCCUGUAAUAAUCAAGACAGUUCUUAGGAAAAUGUCUGAAGCUGUUGCCUUAGCAUAGCAAUUAAAUAUCAGAGUGGUACAGCCUACUAAUACCAAUAAUUCAGAUUGCAGUGAUCUCAUGCAGUGGUCAACAGCUUGUUUGUCCCCAUGCAAUCUAAAUAAAAUAGCAAGUUCUAUGACCUUGUGAUUGCUGAAUGUCAUGGGAGGUAUAACUGAACUGUUUUUCCCUAAUUUAUUGGUAAUAUUACAGCAGAUGUCGCAUUGUACAUCCGUCUUGUUGAGCAGUAAGCUCAGCUGUUGUUCCAGACGGAUCUUUUCCUCUUUUCACCUAUCCCUAGGUAUGCAGAGGUGUUCAGAGGCCACUGGACCAACUGACUGUACAAGUGCCACUAUAAAGCACUGUAAAAUCUGUGUCUGUAAAUGAUAUCUGCAAGUGAUGUACUUCUGUGGUCAGUUACAUCCAGGAUCACUUCUAUAUUUAUAGGAUGGAUUUUCAUUGAACUAUGUAAAAAUGAAUAGACAUGCAUUUGCAUUAGGGUGCUGGCACAUACUCGAUAACUGCAUUUUUGCUUUGUUUUAGAGGUGAUGUAUGGUGAUCAAUACAUAAAGGAUCUGCUCUAGAAGUUACUCAGUAGGAGUCUCGGGAAUUCGAGUAUUCUCGUUCAGGUAGUACUAUUUCUAAAUCCAGCCUUGGCGUCUUUCUUGGUAAUGGAGCUACUGUUUCUGGAAGUGGAGUUUUAUGAAGAUGCUGCUGGAUUUUCAGAUGAGGUUUGGUGGCUUGCGAGCUGUAUCAGUGUCCUGUUACCUCAAGGUG